AUGUCGUCCAUGGAGAACCAACACGGCGCGUACGGCUCCUUCGGCUCCGCCAACGACGCGGACCUGGUCAAGAAGGUCAAUGCCUUCAACGAGAGCAAGAUCGAGCACGGAGGCGAGGAGCCCUCUUCGGCCGAGGGCAAGGCCGCGAAGGCGGGUCUCGGGACUUCCAGCGGUGAUGGCAAGGAUGUGCAGGAGGCCGGCAGUAAAGUGUCGGAAAAGGUCGGGGACAUGCUGAACAAGAACAAAUAG